AUGGGGACCGGCGGCGGCGACGGCGACGCGGCGGCGGUGCGCACCGCGGGGGAGGCGGCGCGGAUGGUCUGGGAGGAGUCCCGGCGCCUCUGGGGCAUCGGCACGCCCAUCGCCAUCGCCACGCUCAGCCUCUUCGCCGUCAGCUCAGUCACCACCGUCUUCGUCGGCCACCUCGGCAACCUGCCCCUCGCCGCCGCCUCCAUCGGCCUCUCCGUCUUCUCCACCUUCUCCUUCGGGUUCCUCCUGGGCAUGGGGAGCGCGCUGGAGACGCUGUGCGGGCAGGCGUUCGGCGCCGGCCAGGUGGCGAUGCUGGGCGUCUAUCUGCAGCGCUCCUGGAUCGUGCUCAUCGCCGCCUCCCUCCUCAUGGUGCCCUUCUACGCCCUCGCCGAGCCUCUCCUCCUCGCCAUCGGCCAGGACGCCGCCGUGGCGCGCGAGGCGGCCCGGUUCGCGCUCCGCAUCCUGCCCGGCGCGCUCUCCUUCGCCGUAAACUUCCCCACCGCCAAGUUCCUGCAGGCGCAGAGCAAGGUGCUGGUGCUGGCCUGGGUCGGCGUGGCCGGGCUCGGCUUCCACGCCGCGCUCACCUACCUCCUCGUCGCCGUCCUCGGCUGGGGCCUCCCCGGCGCCGCCGCCGCCUACGACGUCUCGCUCUGGGCCAUCGCGCUCGCCCAGGCCGCCUACAUCGUCGGCUGGUGCCGGGACGGCUGGCGGGGCUGGUCCGUGGCCGCGUUCAGCGACAUGUGGGCCUUCGUCAGGCUCUCGCUCGAGUCCGCCGUCAUGCUCUGCCUCGAGAUCUGGUACAUCGGCAUGAUCACCGUCCUCACCGGCCACCUCCAGGACGCCCAGAUCGCCGUCGACUCCCUCGGCAUCUGCAUGAAUGUGAACGGAUGGGAGGGCAUGAUCUUCAUCGGCCUCAACGCGGCCAUCAGCGUUCGAGUCUCCAACGAGCUGGGCUCCGGCCGGCCAAGGGCGGCGAAGCACGCGGUCAUGGUCGUCGUCGGCGAGUCGCUGCUAAUCGGGCUGCUCUGCAUGGCCCUCGUGCUCAUCUUCAGAGACAGCUUCUCCAUCAUCUAUACCACCGACUCGGAGCUCCAGCACGCCGUCUCCAGGAUCGCGGGGCUGCUUGGCCUCACCAUGGUCCUCAACAGCGUGCAGCCCGUGCUUUCAGGGGUCGCCAUUGGAGGAGGGUGGCAGGGCCUUGUCGCAUACAUCAACCUCGGCUGCUACUACAUCUUCGGGUUGCCCCUGGGAUAUCUCCUCGGCUACAAGUUCAACUAUGGAGUUGGGGGGAUUUGGGCCGGCAUGCUUUGCGGGAUUGCACUUCAGACACUGAUCUUAAUCUUCAUAGUGUGGAGAACGGAUUGGAACGCAGAGGCUGCGCUGGCUUCAAGCCGUGUGCGAAAGUGGGGCGGCGCAGAUGUAACCAAGCCUCUCCUGGAGUAG